ACAGUAGACAUACGCAACAUGGACCUGUGAGUUCAAAUAUUUGUUUCUUGAAACUAAAAAGGAACAACUUAAUAUGGAGGCGCUAAGAAUCAUUAUCUUGGUUUUAAAUCAUCUCAUGUUGACGGAUGGUCGGUCCUGCCCAUGGUCAAGGACCACUGCGGUUGAAGUUGAUUCCUGUCCACUGUCAAAUAAUGAUAUCAAUGACAGGGCAAUCAUGAAAAAAUGUGGAUCAGUGGCUUUGGUUCAAAAUUGUUCCGAUGCUAGCAAAUUCCAAUACCACUGCUUGAUUAACGAAGCCGAAAACGCAUUUUUUGAAGUGUGUGUCCCUUCUUACAUCAUACUGUUAGGAUACUGUGCAGAAUACAAUACUGUUGGAGCGCUGGUACAGCAACAUCGUGGUUUGAAAUGCAGCGAAAUGAACCCACCAUGUCCUCAACUUUACAACUCAACUGAUGCUUAUCUUUGUAAGAAAGAAAAAUAA